UCCCUCCGGGAAACGCAUGCGCAGGAAGGCGCCUCUCCUCCCCUGUUUCCCAGAGUGCUCUGCGCGGUGAAGAAGCGUCGGUCGCGGGCUGGAGGCAUUUUGUGUCCUGGAUAUCAGCAGCGAAAGAGAGAGAGAAAGAGAGCGAGAGCGAGCGAGAGGCAGACAAGAUGGCGGCGGCGGCCGAAUGAAGCGCCAGGCGGCGGCGGCGGCAGCCGGCGGAUCCGCUCGAACUUCUCCCUCCCUUCCAAGCCCUCAGGGCUACCUUUCCUGAGAGGGCAGAGAGAGCGCUGACAGCCGCGGAAGCGUGUGGAGGGGGACGUCCGCUUCCUACAAAGGGGCCUGGUUGCGAACGGAGCCUCGGGGACCGGAGUCCUCCCUCCCUUCCCCCAUCCUCCAUACUUCCCCCGUCCUCUUCUUCUUCCUCCCACCGACAGACCCCUCGAAAUCCUGGCUUUUUCGUAGCAGGAGCUGCUUGAGGAGAAACUCGGCAGUCGGGCGCUCGACGUGUGAACAAGCCUCCCUCCUCCCCCCCUCCCCGCUCGCGCUCUCCCUCGGUCGCCAUGGCGAGCAGCAGCGGCUCCAAGGCCGAGUUCAUCGUCGGGGGCAAAUACAAGCUGGUGCGGAAGAUCGGCUCGGGCUCCUUCGGGGACAUAUACUUGGCCAUCAAUAUCACCAACGGGGAGGAAGUAGCUGUGAAGUUGGAGUCUCAGAAGGCCAGACAUCCCCAGCUGCUAUAUGAAAGCAAACUAUACAAGAUUCUGCAAGGGGGAGUUGGCAUCCCUCACAUACGGUGGUAUGGUCAAGAGAAAGAUUAUAAUGUUCUAGUCAUGGAUCUUCUUGGACCCAGCCUUGAGGAUCUCUUCAACUUUUGUUCUCGAAGGUUCACAAUGAAAACAGUACUUAUGUUAGCAGACCAGAUGAUCAGUAGAAUUGAAUAUGUGCAUACAAAGAAUUUUAUACACAGAGACAUUAAACCAGAUAACUUCCUAAUGGGUAUCGGGCGUCACUGUAAUAAGUGUUUAGAAUCUCCAGUGGGGAAGAGGAAAAGAAGCAUGACUGUUAGUACUUCUCAGGACCCAUCUUUCUCAGGAUUAAACCAGUUAUUCCUUAUUGACUUUGGGUUGGCCAAAAAGUACCGGGACAACAGAACAAGGCAACAUAUACCAUAUAGAGAAGACAAAAAUCUCACUGGCACAGCCAGAUACGCCAGCAUCAAUGCACAUCUCGGCAUUGAACAGAGUCGUCGUGAUGAUAUGGAGUCACUAGGAUAUGUAUUGAUGUACUUUAACAGAACCAGCCUGCCGUGGCAAGGAUUAAAGGCUGCAACAAAGAAACAGAAAUAUGAAAAGAUUAGUGAAAAGAAGAUGUCUACUCCUGUUGAAGUUUUGUGUAAGGGUUUUCCUGCAGAAUUUGCAAUGUAUCUGAACUACUGUCGUGGCUUGCGCUUUGAAGAGGCUCCUGACUACAUGUAUCUGAGGCAGUUAUUCCGUAUCCUUUUCAGGACUCUGAAUCACCAAUAUGACUACACAUUUGACUGGACAAUGUUAAAGCAGAAAGCAGCACAGCAGGCAGCCUCUUCCAGUGGGCAGGGGCAACAAGCCCAAACCCCCACAGGCAAGCAAACUGACAAAUCCAAGAGUAACAUGAAAGAUUAGCGCAGAGUUCAAGUUUUGUCUUACGUAUAAUCAACACAUUUAAGGUUUUUGAGCAUGAAGAAGAGAACAGAUGAAGCAGAGCAGAAUGGAGCAGGAUCUAUCACUCCCCAAAUCCUAGGAAUUUUAGUUCAUAAACACACUUGCCAGUGGUUGUGGGCAACCAUCUACUUGAUGUAAAGAACUUAAUUUCAGUAUAAACUGGCUCUGGGCAGCGCCGUUGAUGCUGCAGCUUUGAGUUGUAGCAGCUGUAAUUGUGAAUAUUACUGAGAUAGUGAAACAUGGUGUCCAGUUUUCUAUUGCAUUUUUUCAAGUGGAAAAGUUUAACUGAAUAGUUGACACACAAGUGGUGGAAAGAAUUGUGCAUAUGCCAAUUUUUGUAACCUUUUUACUUUGAACUACACUGCUUAUGAGAUCUCAUUGUUUUGGAAGAAUGGCAUGAACAAGUCUUCAGGAACAGUUGUGGUAAAUUGUAAAUGCUCACAAUUGUGCACUCUUUCUGGGUAUUCCUCCCUGGUUUUGAAAGCUGUACACUUAAAACAUUCUUAAAAUUGCUGGUGUCUUGAGUGACAUAAGCCAGCUGACAAUGGUAGUAACCAAAGAUUCCAGUUUUUAAGCCUAUGAAAGACUCUGCCUGCUUACCUGUGCUAGAAGUAACAGCAUCUAAAGUGAAGACUUAUGAGAAACUUAGCGACUACUAGAUUAUCUUUAGGACUCUGCAUUAACUCUAUAAUGUUCUUGGUAUAAAAGGAGAAACAGCAUAUUUGUCACAAAUUUAGUUAACAUCUUACAACUGAAACUUGUAUGUAAGUUGUUUAGAUAAAUGUAAUCACUGUAAACAUCUAUAUGAACGAAUUUUGUUUUUAUUUUGGAAACAGGAGCUUUUUUGUUUACAAGUUCAUUAAAAACUAAACUGUUUCUGUAAGGAAAUGAGGUUUUUUUUUUAAAUUUGCCUUGAUAAUUUGCAAUCUAAAUUAGACACCACCCUUUUUUAAAAUGGGCAACUACAAGGCCAUUUGUUAAAGCAAAAGUCCUAUUUCUUAAUCAUUUUAGAUCUAGUGUUGUAACUCUUCCUCACUUUUGUUUUUCAAUAAAUUUUGUAUUUUUUUUCUUGAUGGGGAGGGGCGCUCUUGCAUUUUUAUAAUCUGUUGCAUCGAUACCCAGCCCACUGUAACAAAAGACUGGAUAAAAAAUAAAGGCAUCUUUUCAGACCCAUCACAGCAGCUCACAAGCCUUGCCAUUGUCUUGCAUUGGCUGGACUAAUUUGCAAAAGUAGCUUUGAAGAUUUAAAAUGGAAGUGUGUGGAGGAUUUUAAAAGGAGGAAUUUUCUUUUCAAGUUCUUGUGAAGUGGAUAUGACCAGAUUUACUCUUGUUCUCAGGCAGCAUCUCGGUGUGCAGUGUUCACAUGGGUUACUGCCUUAGGCUAUCCUCACUCUAAUCCAGCUAAAAGAUACUCUUACUGCUGGUGAUUCGUCUAACAGUGUAACUUAUUCCUUUAUAGCAUGUCAGAAUAAAUUUUAAAAGUUGUCUGAAAAUUCUG